CAAAACAAGAGAAUGGAAGAGAGGAUGGAAUACAACACAGAAACAAAGAUACAUGGGGCAGAAGUGGACAGGCAUUCAGGAGAAAGAGAGCAUCUUUUUCAAAGACUCCAUCUUGAUAACAGCGAUAACUGUAAACUGAGAGCUGCAGAUGUUCUUCAACUAACAUUGCAGUCAUUACAGUCCCAUGAGUCUUGUUCUGAGGAGGACCUCAUUAAGACUUUCCUACAAAAACUGCUGAUGAUGAACUACAAAGCAAGAUACCUUAAAACUAUAGAUACGCAGCAUGACAAACAACAAAUAAACAAUGAUUUAUCUGAAGAUGAGGGUGAUGUUGAUAUUUUCAGAGAAAUGCAGAGUCAAAAAAAUGAAGGAACAAACAAAAAAGAUGCUAUUCAUCUGAUGGAUGUUCAGAUGGCCCUGUUAUAUUAUGCUGAUAGUUUCCUAAAGCAGCUGAUAGUGACUAAACUCUCUCAGUGUCAGUAUGCUUUGCCUCUGCUUGUUCCUGAUCCAUUCACACAAAAGAUUGAGUUUCCUCUCUGGACAUUCAGACAAAUCAACCAGAGCUGGAAGAUGAAAGAUACCAACAAUGAAAUCAUCAGUAAAAUCCAGCCAGUCUGGAAGGCAAAAACACCCAUGGUGUCUUUCUUCAGGUUUGGCUCAUUGUCCUCAUCCAAAUCUCAGCUUAUGAACAAUCUGAUCAAUGAGAAACACAACACGUUCUUCCACAGGAACUGCACAGGCAGCAGCAAAACCAGAGUACUGAUGGAUGGAGUGGUGGAGAUUGCCUGGUACUGCCCCUCUGGGAAAGACGCAGAUAAAUUUACUCAAUGUGUUGCAUUCUGUAACCUCCAUGGUGAUGCAGGAGACCAUGAGAAACAGCUGCAGAUCCUCACUCAAAUGGCCUCAGUCAAUGUUGUUAUCUUACCACGACUUGACAAGAAUGACAAGAGUGGAAAACGUAUCCAAGAGCUGUACAAAGACAGAAAGCCACUCAUUUGUCUUUUUACUGAGGAUGAAAGUACAAUAAGUGAGACAAGAAAAGGAAAAUACAAAAUUGGAUUAAAAGACCGAAAUCAGUCAGAUGUAUCUGAAGAACUCGUACGUGCUAUAAAUAAAUGUCUCUCAUCGUCAGAAACAUAUGCCGUUUUCACACUUGAAGAUGUGUCCAAACACUCAGGAAUCAUAGUAGAUGAGGAUCAAGUCAAUGACUGCAGAAGAGGGAAAGAAGCAGCCCAGCAGAUGAUGGGUUUACUGAGAAAAAAAGAUCUGACAGAAAUCAAAGAAUCAUUUCUGCCCUGUCAGGGGAAACUGUGGCAUCAGUGGUGUGAAAAGAACAAAGAACUACAUCGAUCUCAGGGAAAUGAAAAAGACAUGGAGAUAAAACAGAAACAAGAUAUGAAGAAAAUCCGUGAACAGCAGCAUGUGCUGGACUUUGGCGAGUUCGUGAAGUUGUUUAUUACAGAAAUGAAUUCACAAUCUCCAAAUGAGAAGAUAUUUUUUCUGAAAUGGCUUGGAAUCCUCCUGGAUGAAUUUACCUCAGCUGACCUUUCUGCUCUUCAUUACAAGUAUGAUGAGAAAUGGUCAGAAGUCUUAAAACUGAAAGAGAAAAAUGACAUAUCUGAGCAACAGGUGGCAGAAAAACAAACAGAACUUGAUAAGAUAUCCAAAGAACUUCAAGCUGCAACCUUUGGUUUGGAGCACAUCCUGAGGGAGAUUGGUCAGAUCUAUGAAUCAUGUAAAUCAGUGAAUAAGAACAAGGAAGGUCUGCCAUGUAAUUUCUCUUCUCUCCCGCGUCUUGCAGCUGAUAUGAUGAUCUCUGGAUUCCCACUGGAACUGAUGGAUGGAGAUGCUGCUAAUGUUCCUGUGGUCUGGGUUACUGUUGUUCUACAUGAGCUCAUCAAGAAACUGGGAGACAAGAGAGUCUUUGUUCUGUCAGUUUUAGGUAUUCAGAGCUCUGGGAAAUCCACUAUGCUGAAUGCCAUGUUUGGACUGCAGUUUGCCGUCAGUGCUGGCAGGUGCACCAGAGGAGCUUUCAUGCAGCUAAUCAGAGUGUCAGAGGAGAUUAAAGCACAGCUGAAGUUUGACUAUAUUCUGGUUGUUGAUACUGAGGGGCUCCGUGCUCAAGAACUGUCUGGAAGGUCAACAAGACACCAGGACAAUGAAUUGGCCACAUUUGUCGUUGGUCUUGGUAAUCUGACUUUGAUUAACAUCCUUGGAGAAAACCCAUCAGAGCUGCAGGAAAUUCUACAGAUUGUUGUUCAGGCCUUUAUGAGGAUGAAGAAGGUCAAUCUGUCUCCCAGCUGCAUGUUUGUGCAUCAGAACAUUUCAGAAGUUACAGCUGGAGAGAAAAACAUGGAGGGUAGGAGACGGCUGCAGGAGACACUGGAUGAGAUGACAAAACUCGCUGCUAAAGAUGAAGUCUAUGUUGCAGAAUGUUUUAGUGAUGUCAUUACUUUCGAUAUUCGGAAAGAUGUGAAAUAUUUUGCACAUCUCUGGGAGGGCAGCCCACCAAUGGCACCACCAAAUCCAUCAUACUGUGAAAACAUCCAAGAGCUAAAGACAGCGCUUUUUAACCAUGCCUCAAAAUCAAAUGGCUUAAAGCUGACAGACCUAAAGGUUCGUAUUAAUGAUCUCUGGGAGGCUUUACUGAAUGAAAGAUUUGUAUUCAGCUUCAGAAAUUCUUUGGAAAUUGCAACAUACCGAAAACUAGAGACAGAAUACAGCAAGUGGUCCUGGAGUCUUCGCAGUGCCAUGCUGGAAACUGAGAACACACUCUACAACAACAUAGAAAAUGAAACAAUUAAUGAGGUUUCAGAAAGUGAUCUUCAUGGAAAACUAAAAGCGAAAAGUGAAGAAGUAGGAAAAUCAAUGUCAGAAUUCUUUGAGAAAGACAAAGAUAAAGAUAUACUGAAACAGUGGAAAGCAUCAUUUUACAUCAAAAUCAAAGAUCUUAAAGAAAACACUGUGAGAGAAACAAUGAAGAAAUUAAAUGAGAUUCUCCAGCAGCGAGAAAUAAGGAAAGGGAUUGAUGCUCAGAGAACGUGUCAUGAAAAUACUCUCUUGGAAAAGAGCAAAGAACUUGCAAUAAAACUCAAAGACAAAGCCAAUGAUGAAACAGUCCUGGAACAAGAGUUUGAAAAGUUUUGGAAAGAAGGUGUUAAGAGUGUUAAGAAGAUUACCAAAGAAAGUUCACAAAUCAAAGACAUUGAUGUAUUAAGAGACAUGAAACAACACAUCGCUAACAUUGAAAGUGUCCCUGUAAAUGCCUGGACAGAGAGUAAGGAUAUUUUCUCUGUGUCAAGUUAUUCGGAUUAUGUACAGUUAAAGAAAUCCAGUGGAAUUACAGGAUAUCUUAAAAAUGUCAUCAGGUCAGCUAAAGAGAAGCUUGGUUUUAAACUAUCUCAUGUGGAUGAAACACAAAUUAGGACCUUAGUCAGUGACAUUGCUGAAGAAGCAGACAAAAAGAUAAUUUCAUAUAAUAUUGCAAAGAUGGGCUACAAUAAAACCUACAUUCAAGAAAUCGAUUACGUCAAAGCAAAAAUAGUAGAUCAUGAGGAACAUACCAAUAAUUAUAAGUUCAUGAAUGAAUUUUACAUGCAUUUGUUAGUGUCCAUCUGUAAGAGAGAAAACAAGUUAAUUACUGACCAGCACAGAAAGUUCCGGGAAGCCAACGAUCCUGUUUUCUACUUUGAAAAGAAGAGCGAAGAAUACUAUAGUAUUUUCCAUAAAUACUGUCAAGGUGCAACAUCAGCUGCCAUUUUUGGUGAGAUCAUCUGUCAGAAACUGAAAGAGCCCAUUCAAAAGAGUGUCUACAAAAACAUUGCCAGAGGUUUGGCUAAUGAAAUGAAAACAAACUGUGAAUCGCUAAAUGGAAACAGAUCCAAACUAGAGAAACACAUCCUCAAGACACUAGCAGAACAGGAGGAUUUUCAAAAAUACAUCAACUACAUUUACUUUCCCAAAGAUCACUUCAGGAGUUUCAUCAGAGAUGAAGUCAAUCGGUACAUCACUGAUAACAGAGUCAGUGUUUGGUCUAUGAUGAAGGAGAACAUUGAACUCCUGCAGCAGAAGAUCAUGACAGCGGCUCAUAAAGCAUCUAAAUCGAUCAGUGGAGAUGUUCAGAACUGGCUGAAUCACUUCACUCUGGAGCUCUCAGAUGUGCUGAUAUUCUCUGUUAAGGAUCUCAGUGGAGUGAGUCAUGAUGGUGUUGAUGAUUUAAAUCUCCUAAAAGAUGUGAUAAAAUCAGAACUUGAUUCAGUUUUAUCUGAAAUUCAACAUGAAUUCAGCACAGAGACAUUAUCAGAAAAUCUGGAACAUAAGGACAGACCAGAUGAGAUUCUGACUGAUCAUCUCUGUCAGUGCUGCUGGGUUCAGUGUCCAUUCUGUGGAGUCACCUGCACCAACACUUUAAAAAAUCAUUCUGGAGAUCACAGUGUUCCUUUCCAUCGAGUGGAUGGACUCACCGGUUGCUGUUAUGACAGAACAGAGGAUCUCGGUACUGAUUUUUGCACAACAUUAGUGAGAACUGAUAGUAUGUUCUAUACAGGUAAAUGGAUUCCAUGCAGAGAAUACAGAAAAGCAGGAAAUGUUUAUGCAGAGUGGAGCAUCACCCCUGACUUCUCUGAGCUGCCAUACUGGAAGUGGUUUGUGUGUAGAUUCCAGAAAGAUCUGGAAGAAUACUUUGCGAAAACAUUCCGAAAUUGGGAUCUAAUAUCACAUGAAUGGAGUAAAUGCUCAAAAGAGCAAGCUAUUGAGAGUUUGGAUGAAUACAUCUAACUACACAAGUGUACAUUAAUCUCUUGUAUGUCUCUGAAUUAUAGACAACAGUUUGAAAUGAGUUUCUGUUCCACACUUAAGUGAUUCUGACUUCAUCUACACCUUAGCAGUGAAGCAACUCAGAGAAUAUAACACAAGUUUAAAGAUGUAAUGAUGUUUAAUAAAGGUUCUCUGUUCCACAUACCAGUAUCUGUAGUCAGAAAAAAAAAAAUCGCCUUCGCCUCGACUUUCUUUUGUGGAUCAAAAUAUAUUGUGAAAAACUCAAUGCAUACAAAAAGCUAUUAAAAGGACAAAGAGCAUUAACAAGAACAAAAAGCAAAUACAAUUUUCCUCCUGUAGCUUAAAACCUCAAUACAUUUAAUUCAUACAAAUUAUACAUAUAUAUAUAAAUCAUAUCCUUACCCGUAUCCAACCUUAAUAGCAGCAAAAGUGUUUUGCAGUACAAUAUGAACACAUUAAGUAUUUAUUUUCUGAUGCAAGUACAUAGUAGUUAAGGCCGCCUAAUAUAAAGUGGGAUCACGAUUUACAAAAACAUCAGUGGGCUUUUAUUUUAUUUUUUUGUAUUUACAUUUUUUUGUUCUUCCCACUAGAGGGCAGUAUACUCUGUGUUGGGACAAGUGCACAAAAAUCAAGUAUGUGUAAUUAAAGGUGCUCUAAGCGAUGUCACACGUUUUUAGGCCAAAACAUUUUUUGUCACAUACAGCAAACAUCUCCUCACUAUCCGCUAGCUGCC